CGGAGACAGAGGUGGACGCGUUUCUGCGAGAGCUGUGACACCGGGACAUAUAAGAAAAACUACAUAAACAAGAGAGUCUUUAUGUAGACGAGAAGAAGUUUGAGGAAAAGGGACAACAAUGUGUUCGCGAGGGUUUCUAUUUCACUGAUCCUGCUCCGUGGCGUCAAGUUGCACACAGGAGCAGGGGGACAAGUUUCAGAUAGAGACAGACACUUGGAGCAACAAGCAUGGGAUUAUUUUUGUAAUGUGGAUUGCUACUCCCUGUCAAGAAAAUAAAGGUGUGCUGCGGAACAAUGUGAGACGUUGUGCGUCUUGGAUUCUCGUGUUUCUGGAUAUUUUGAAAAUCAUCGGCAACAGUUGAGAAGGAAGAAGUUAUGCGCAAAGCACUGAACGCUGCGACCCCGGGACCAACAUGGAAUUACAACCCCCUACCCCUCUUUUAGACAAGUUUUAGCCGGGCCCCGCUUGUGUUUGUGUUUGUUUAUUUGUUUGUUUGUUUUGCUGUAAAAGUUCAUGUUGGAGGAGAAAUCGCCACAUUGGCCUCUUGGAUUUUAAAACGUCGCCUGCCUUUGGAUUGGAUUUCCAACACCAUGAACAUUAUUGACAGUUUGACACUAUUAUUUUUGACGCUGUCAGCUGUCAAGGUGAGUCAUGUGUUCCUGCGAGCAAAGUGGAUUUAAAAAUAAAGUCCGGAAAGGAGAAAAAAUCGAGCUGUACUCGCGAAAUGUUAGUUGGUCAUUUCCAUGUAGCUCGUCCUUGCCUUUCCUCUGGCUAGGUCAUCGCUCAUGUUUAAACAAGCCCAAAUGUUUGGUGGCUUUGAGGGGAUUUAAAGAAGCCAAGAGUGUAUCCACCUAACCCACACACUCGUGGGUGGUGCGCCUUUUGUGUCGCGAGUGUGAAGAUUGUCGUAAAGGUGAAUUUUUGUCAAGUUUGGGGCGCUGGGUUAUACCAGGCCUGCUCUCAAAGCACCUUGGAGAUAUUAUUACGUUUUAAAGACGCAGUGGCUCUCUCGCUCUGAAUUAGGACAUGAGCAGGUUCAUUCCUGGCACUCACUCUGGCUGAGCACACUCACAUGCUCGGACCGCUUCAAUACGAAGAUUCUGUUCACACUCAAAGUUCACUUUCAAACGAGCUCAGCUUCACAGAUCAAACCGGUUGACUCGGGAAUUUUAAUGGCUCUCUGAGUGCGCACUGUAAAUCGUUUUCCAUAUAAUCAUUAAUGAAGCGCAGGGUGCCCGGAGAGGCUUUGAGCAAAGGUUUCAAGGUGAAAAAAAAAGCAACUUGAAACGGGGGAGGCUGCAUAUUUUCCUGCGACAUGAUUGGACUUUGAAGAUUAUUUCCAGAUAUUUUAAGAGGUCGUCUCCCGCCAGAAACUCACCCAAAGUGAUUAUUGAACUAACUAGUUGAUUUGGUUACUGCUAAUCCACCUAAUCAGCGCUGAACAGUUUCAGGAUGCGGUUUCAGCUGCUUCAUAUCACUCAUCACCCGCUUUAAGGGCCGCUGUUCGCAGCUUCACACCCAUCCAUUUGUAACACGGAAUAUGGUGUUUUGGUGGGGCAGGGGGUCCCACAACCCACAACCACCGGACCCCUCUCACGCCACCAGAAGUGGGUGGAGUCUACCGGACCCCUUUCCACUCUUUCGCCGGUGCUGCGGGGAAGAUCUCACGCAACUUUGUCGAGUUAUUGCGCGAGUGCCGAGAGAAAGUUGUGCGUAAUUCCCACACGCACGGAUGGAAAGUUGCCAAACGCUCUUUAGUAGACUCAUGUGGUGACUCAAGCCCAGAGCGGAGUUCUUACUGGUUUUAAUGGUUUCUCUCCUGGACACAGUCAAGAGUCCGGUGACUGAAACGAAACCGACACCGGGAGGUUCGAGGAUUUAUAAAGUUUGGUCACGUCGCUGAUGUGGCAGAAUUUAGGUCAGCUUGUUCGCACAACGUACCCUCGGUCAAAUAUUGGCCUCGAACCACCCGACAGAACCCACACAGACCUGCGUACACGGUCAGAACAUGUCCGAACAUGUCAUUAUCGGGUUUGAGACGUUGGUGAUCGUUUCCCCAGAGACGCAGCUUCAGAAAAAUCCUCUCAUAAAACUAAAAUUAACGCGCUGACAGAGGAAGUUUGGGUUCACAUUCCCCCUAUAUCGUGUGCUCAGGGUCCCCACAGAUAACAAACAUAAUGCUGUUUCAUUUUCUGGCGCUGCUAGAAGAGAAAUGUAAAUAUAUUUUUGCGCAACUCUGGAUAAGUAAAGGACACGAGUAGCAGCUCUUUUUUUCUCUCCCCCCUCGGCUCUUGCACAAUCUAACGAAGUUUUCUUCUGUUUCCCCUUCUCACAGAGCGCCCACAUACCGAAGGAAACAGAAAGAGGUCCACAUGACGGUAGGUUUCGUGGGAAUACAGUCUGCUUAGGGCUCCCUUGUUGGCACACAGCCAGGAAGUGAAGGGCUGGUUUGAGGUUCACCUUGAAAUUAAAAAGGGAAACUAUCGCCUCCUGGUGGACAACUGCACAAAUCUUGACCUGACAGAGACCUCCUCUUUCUUUACCCCUAAAAUCUAAACUCUCUGGAUGUUUCCAUCCUGAGCAGCAGCAUUCCUUCUUCUUUGAGGUUAAGCUGUUGAGAUGUUCUGGUGACCAGACUCGGUUAUAGAAAGGAAUUUCACCCUCUUGGCCGUUGGACCGUUUUUCUUUUGCACAAUCCCAAAGUUGCCCAAUCUAAUUUGGACAAUCAGAAGCUGAACUUUUGAUGUUGUUCAGGCCAAGUUUGUUUGGUUUGGCUUCCCAGAAGGCCCGUACGGCCCGGGUUGUUUCAGGCUCUGAGUGAUGUUUUGGAGGUGUUGUCCGGCUGUGUGCUAAUAUCUUUCUCAAGAGCAGAACCCCUUGGCUGUUAGAUUUAAGGAGAUUAAACUUUUCAAACUCAGUAGUGAUCUGAUGCAGUGAAUGGGUGAAGACAGAUCUAUACAGAAGGAGUUUGUUUUACACUAAAAGCAGCCAAAUCCCUUUUGUGGAAUAAUAGAAAGUACAGGGUGUGUUUGCAUGCAUCUCCUCUGGCUUUUGUCUGAUUGUUGGUACGCUGGUUUACUUUAGCACUCUGCUGCCAUUUUCUAACCCUCCACACUCCGACUCUGUCUCCCAGUGAUCCCUUUAAUGGAGGUCUACAACAAGAGUUUAUGCCAGCCCAGGGAGCUGCUGGUGGAGAUCCUGCAGGAGUAUCCGGAGGAGGUGGAGCACAUCUUCAUCCCGUCCUGCGUGGUGCUAACGCGGUGUGCGGGCUGCUGCAACGAUGAGAUGCUACAAUGCAUGCCUACAGCCACCUAUAACAUCACAAUGGAGGUCAGAGUUCAAUGCAAUGACUUCACCCAUCCUUAAAACCUUUAUUUUUGCAUGAAUGUUGCACCAAGAGUCCCUCUGAUAUUUCAAGAGUCCUUACGGCGCUCUGCUGAGUCUUCAAGUUCUGCAAAAACAACCCGUAACUAUUCGAGUUCACCUGGAAACAGACUCAGGAGGAUGUGCGGACUGAUUUUAGUGUCAAACUUGAGUUUUAAUAUCUUUUAUCUUCUUCUAAAAUCACUCUCUUUCAGUUUGACGUUCAUUUCUGUCUCUUUUUUUCUCCGCAGAUUAAAAGAAUAAAACCCCAAAGGCAACAGAAUGAUAUUUUCAUGAGUUUUACAGAACACAGCGCAUGUGAGUGUAGGUAAGAAACCCUGAACACGACCUGCAACACACACACACUCACACUCACACACUGUGAACACUGUGAUGAGCCACAGCGAUUACACUCAUCAGAUGUUAAUCGUUCAGAUUCGCAGCUUAUCUUCGCUCCUCUUACUCCGAUCUUACAAAAGAGCCGAGCAGGUUAAAGCACAUCCCGGAAAAUUGCUUUCACUUUAUUCCUCUUUCAUCGCAGAAACUUUAGAAAGCUUCGUUUUCACACUAAAGGUUAUUCCUGUAGCUGCAAAUGUGCGAUAGAUAAGAACUGCGGGUCCUAUUUGUGUUCCCCGUUUACAGUAAGGCGAUGACUUCUUGUACAUCUUUACUUCUUGUUCUCGUCACGGUUCGAGGGAAACUGAAAGUCUGCUGCCACUUAAUGCCUCCUUUUGUGUCUUUGAUUCACAAACAUGUUCUUCUCAUCGGUCACAGUGAGUCCAUCUGUAGAGCUUCAGGCCAUAAAGAAAUGUCACUCUGAACUUAUUGCUGCUCGAGCUUUCUCAACCCCUCACCGUAAAACCAUUCAGACGUGGCUGUAAACAUUUAGGGCAGCUCUGUAAAAGUUUAGAGGCUUUGUUCGAUCUAUUUAUUCCUGGAUCAGAUUUUUGGCUUUACUGUCAUGUUCUGGAAAUUAUAUACAGGAAGUAAGAGGCCGUAGAGUGAGCGGUUUAAGUCUGCAGAUUCAGGGACGUAUAAUGACACUCUUGCAUUUUUAGUGUCAACCAUAACUCAGAAAUGCGGUCCUGAAACUGCAGCCUCCAGCCCUGCAGACACGUAAUGUUCAUCACUGCAUCUGAAAUUGAUCUCAGGACCAAAUCAGGUCUCUUAACCCCAGUAUUGUUUUAGUAUUUUCUCCUGCACACAUGUUGAUAAUCUUUUAUGGACAAAAGAGAAUAUUUGUAUCAGAGAUUUUCAUUUCUGUGGGACUCAACAGGUCAUAUUUUUACAUGUGUAUCAGAUAAUUGACAGUACGAUCAAUACUAUCUAAUCGAUAUGAUACAAUACAAAACGAUACUAUAAUGAUACAAUAUGAUAUGAUACGAUACAAAACAAUAUGAUUCAAAACGAUACAGUACAAAGCAAUACGAUACAAUACAAAAUGAGAGAAAACGAUAUGAUACGAUAUGAUACAAUAUGAUAUGAUUCAAAAUGAUACGACACAAAACGAUACGGUACAAAACACUACAAUAAUGAUACAAUAAGAUAUACGAUACUAAACGUUAUGAUUCGAAACGAUACAGUACAAUGCAAUACGAUACGAUACAAAAUGAGACAAAACGAUACAAAACGAUAUGAUUCAAAAUGAUAUGAUACAAAACAAAACAAUACGAUACAAUAAGAUACAUGAUACUAAACAAUAUGAUUCAAAACAAUAGGGUACAAAGCAAUACGAUUCGAUACAAAAUUAGACAAAAUGAUACAAAACGAUAUGAUACAAAAUGAUACGAUACAAAACAAUACGGUACAAAACAAUACGAUAAUGAUACAAUAAGAUAUACGAUACUAGACGAUAUGAUUCAAAACGAUACAGUACAAAGCAAUACAAUACGAUAUGAUACUAAAUGAGACAAAACGAUACGAUUCAAAAUGAUACGAUACAAACGAUACAAUACAAUUAAAUACGAUAUGAUAUGAAACAAUACAAUACAAAAUAUUAUAAACAAUAUGAUAGGAUACAGAAUGACACAGAACGAUAUGAUACAAUAUGAUAUCAUACAAAAUGAUACAAAAUAAGAUAUGGUAUGAUAUGAUACAAACAAUAUUAUAUGAUACAAUAUGAUACAAAACGAUAUGAUAUGAUACAAAUUGAUAAGAUACAAUGCGGUAUAUAUGAUAUGUUUGAGAGUGCAUUGCUGGCGUGUUUACAUCUAUUUACUAGACUCUCCUAUAGAAACCUUUCUCUGAGGCUGACAGGAAAAUGUCUGGGUAAAAUUUGGGAAACUUCCCUGAAAAUUCAGGCGAUUUGUCCCAAAUAUAAAACAGCUAACGACAUAAAUGACUCUGAUCAAACUUUUAUUCAGAGAAAUGACAAACGGUCAUGAAACCGGUUAUGAAACCUCAGGGAAAUCAAUAUUCGACAGAUGAGGAGCAAUUAUCAAACUCAAGUUAUCAGAUGACGUGUCCUUAGAUGACUCUGGAAAAACCAGCUCAAACAUUUCUAGUGAAUUUUCUCAGUGAAACGUAACAAGAGAUCACAAACGAAGAGAUAAUAUAAAAAACUUUUAUUCCACACAUUUACCACAACAAAAAAAGUACAUCUAGGACUGAGAAACUCUGAGUUAUCUCUGUCAGUAAUUAAGUUAAUCCACCCGAGGGACUCCUGAUUUCAUUCACAGUAGCUUAUCAAGUAUCUUCAGGUAAAAAGGUCGAUCAUCUCCGCGCUCACAUGUCCUCUACCUUCAGGCGUUUUCGAGCAUGCUUGUUUGGAGUAACUGUACCAGUCUGUAAAACAGAAACUUGGCUGCGUGUCCGUGACCUUUCUGAAUGAAACACUGUUUCCUAACUCUUUUGGCAAACUGCGCCAGAAAUUUUUAUUGCCCCACAUGCUGUUAUCGGCAGGAGUCGUCACACAGAGAAGUGAAACAAACUCUAACAACUUUCUAUUGUAGCCGUGUGUGUGUGUCUGUGUGUGUCUGUGUGAGUGUGUACACAGCAUUAUUUCCCAACAAAUCAGGUUCAUUUACUCUUUGAAAGUGAAAGCCAGGUUUAUCGCAGUUUCUGGUAAAAGACGAUGACAUAACACGAAUCAAAAAGACUGAUGGGAGCCCACACAUGCUGAUAACCGGCCCGGAGGCUACAGCGAUCCCGAUGUGUAUCUGUUUACCUGAGAAACAACAUCACGCUGUAAUCUAAUGUUCGCUUGUUUUGUUCCUGCCUUUCAGGUUAAAGAAAGAAGUGAGAGAACAGAGAGAAAAGUGAGUACAGCUCUCUUUCUGCAUGGAGACUGGGGCAAACAAUGGGGACUUGAGAUUUGAUCUUUUUCCUGUUUUGCUCUCUUGCAAACAAACUCUCACCCUCGGUCGUCUAACACUUUCGGCCUCUCUGAAAUGAUACUUCACACCUUUUUUCCUGAACGCUGUCUGUCACACACCGAUGGUAAUCUCUUCAGAGUUAUCACAUGAGAUUAGAGCGCAUCCCUCGGGUCGUAAACUCGGGGAAUACCAAUCAGGUGAAUCAGUGACACUUGACAAGGUCGUUGCCCUCUGACCUCCCUUUCUAUCACAUCUUUACGUUCCCCUUCUCUCCUUUUUUAUCGUUUACGUCCCACUUGACUUCUGCUUCUUCUGCUCUGGUGUAGAUAACGUAUGUUUGAAGAUCUGUUAAACUUUGGUGUUUAUGGACUUUGCUUUAUUCCUUCGUUAGAGAAGUCAGUGUGUAAAGGGUCGUUAAAACUCUUCAUCUCCUGCUUCGAAAGCUCGUUAAUUCCUGAUUGGUUGUUGGUUGCAUUUUGGAUUUAGAUAAGGUCGUGUUUGGAGGCCCCCUCUUUAACCUUGUCAGGACUGUUUAUGAGUCAGGCCUCGGUGGCGUGCGUCUCCAGAGUAAUGGUCCCGGGGUCGUUCAACCCGCGUUUCUGUUGAUUUCAUACUUUGGUGUUAGUUUUUGCGUCGGCCUCUAACCUCCUAGGAGCGACAGGUCUUCAGAGGUCUGUCAGGGUGAGUCACUGAGCCAAGAUUGUGAAACCUGUUCGCUGUGGAAAUUUCACAUUUACGACACACCAGCUUGGAUCUCGUUCUGGAUCCUCGCCGCGUACGGUUGCUGACAUCGGCGCGGUGGAUGUGGACAGGAAAUUUGGUGCAAAGGACAACUACUGACACACUGGACUGUUUCUUAACUCUGUCCAAAGAUCAGACCUUCUAAUGACUGCAGCAGCAAAGACAGGAUGUGUUUGUAAUGCUAACUAAGCUAGCAUGCUAACACUAAAAUCUAAUAAGACUUAAACAGGCCUGGUCCCGUUAUUAACGCUUAAAUAAAUCUGCUCCGUUUACUUCCAUUAUUCUCGUCUCCUCUCGGUCGGUGAUGUAGAGCCGAGUUUCUCCAAACAUUGAACUAUUUUAAACAGCGAGGGCGGCGAGGGCGGCCACGGAAACCAGCUGACACUGAAGGAUUUGUGGCGCUUAAGAGGUUUAGUGCUGAAAACUGCUUCAUAUUCGAACAAAGAAGAAGAGAGAGAGCACACUCAGGGGAUUUAUCGGAUUGUGUUAAUUCAUCCUCAGGCCAAAAACUCUGUCUUUUCACGCUGAACAAUGGCGAUUUAGAUAACCGCAACGCUCAGUCCAACCUUUAGUCAUUGGACUCGUGUCUCUCAACGUUCAUGAUUAAAUGUGUUGACCAACCUUUUUGCAGCGACUGUUUGUGCUGAUUCUCAAAUAUCGACUUUAUUUCAUCAGUUUGAAGUGUUUCUGUAAGUUUUGCAGUGAGUCGUUUGUCGUUGUCGAAACCGUGAUGAAAGUUUCCCCCCUGCAUCGUGAACAUCCUUAACCGUCCAAACCCCGGUCCUGUAAUCCCGUCUGCACCUGUGUGUCUCCACUUUUAUGCCUCACAAGCGUGUUCUUAUAGCUCUAUGUUCUGAAUCAGCGAUAAAGAGUUGACCCACAUAGGCUAGAAGACGAAGUUUUGAAGUCGAGUCCAAGUUUAUUGUCCUCAAACCAUCUGGGAAAUUUCAGAACAGCGGGGCAGAGCCAAAACCUCAAACCAUUUAUCCUCGAACAAAGUCUGCAGAGUCAUUGUUGUACAGAAACGAGUUUUUCAGACAUAGUUGGAUUAUAAAAGCGGGUUUCUCACUUUGACAUUCGAUAUCCAUCACAUCACAAACUACAGGAUGAGUGGAAACCGCCGACCGUAAGUUUGGGGAGUGCUGCUGCUGCUGCUGCUUUGAAACCCAUUUUUAGUUCACUUGGUUGUGUUUCAUUUUUGUUGAAAUCUGGUCGACAUGAUCGUCCCAAACAAGCUAAUCAACAACAUCAGUAAUCAAGUUAACACCUGAGUCAAUCUAUCCUCAGUCUCUCAGGCAUCUCUCUGCGUUGUUGUCCUUCUUCUCUUGCAGAAAAUCCCGGAAAGGCAAAGGCAAAGGCCAAAAGAGAAAACGAAAGAAAAACCGUGAACACAAAACUAUUCACGAUGCGUAUGUCAGCUCUGCCUUUUCCACCUACCUGCACCUGAGUGUUGCGCUUCUUAUAAUUAAGCUCAUUUGGGAGGAGCUUCUUUGUCCUUUUUAAUUUGCAGCUUUCGGUUAGCAUGUCGCUUCCAUGUACUGUGCUAACUUCUGUCCUGUCAAGCCGUGUCAAGCUGUAUGCUAACGUGUUUUGCUAACAUAGCUUUAGCAAAACCUUAGGAAGCCCAGCCGGCUUUCUGGUCCUAUAACAGCUGAAAGAAAAUGAAACAUAACUCAUCUCCAGCCGUCGAAUCCCCCGACUUAUCCCCCUCCAACCUCAUUUCUAAACCCACUCCACACAAAGACGAGCCCCGGUCCACGGUUCGGACAGGAAACGGCAGACACGGUUAAGACCGGCUGCUGCUCACAUCUUGUCCGAUAGUCUGUUAGCUGAGCUCCACCAGCAUAUCUCUGCAGACCGGCUCGUACUCUUGUGGUAUCUGAGCCGGGAUCAGCAGGAUCGUAAUCACGGUCCUGUGUUCAGUGUUGAGUCUGUGCCGCUUUCCUGUGUCUCGUACCCGUCUCCUCUCCAGCCCUUCUUCCUUUUCAUCUUUACAAACAGGUUCUGCCGCCCUCGACACAAUGCUGGUACUUUUUAUGUAAUGUGUAGAUAUGACUGAUGGCUAUCUAUCUAUCUCUUUGUGUUGCCGGGGGCGAUUUGUAAACCAGCAAAUUGUUAAACAAGUGCUGCGUGUCUUUGUUUGUAUCUGAAACUUGACGAAAUCAGCCUUAACACUUAAAAAAACGAUGAUCUUGUGUUUCUACAAUGUGCAAACUUGAUGUCUUCUCUGUGUUCAUUUGUAAAUUUGUAUCUUAAACUGUCACUGGACUAAUGUCUCUCUCUGUGGGAAGCACACCCAAUAAAGUGAAACCUUUCUGAACGGAGAACCAAGCAGACCCUCGAGUCUUCUUUACCUCGAAGUUUGUUGUCAUUGACCUUCAGUUUGGAGCCGAUGUGCCGUUUUGUGUUGCAUGAUGUGGUGCGAAAGCUUCGCUCUGUGCAUGUCUAACACACACAAGGUAUUUGUGAGCGGUCCAAUCAACGCAGGAGGGCUCGGGGGGCGUGGGGGGAGGGUAAUUUUACUGCUUGAGUAUUUGCCUGCUCUGUGGGAACUUGUGUGUAAUACUACCCAACUGUCACAUGCAGCGCAGCUUGUCCGCCGGUGGCUUGGAGGAGCAAAGUGGAGCAAACGAUGGGGUUGACCUGAGGGCGGCCUUUCCCGUGGGUGGUAAUGGCACACUGUGAUAAUCUGCCUCUCUCUCUCUCUCUCUCUCUCUCCCACCCCUGUGUGUCUGUCUCUCUCCCCCCUGUCCAGUGUUUGUGAGCCAUGUUGUGAUCACUGCUCGGAGAGGAGGAGGCGUUUGUUCGUGCAGGAUCCCGUAACAUGCCGGUGCUCCUGCAAACACACUGAUGAAUACUGUAAAGAACGCCAGCUAGAGCUCAACGAGAGGACCUGCAAGUAAGUCCCGAACCACCGUUUCCGUCACAGGUAUCAGAUAUUGUUUAAAAACCACAUCAUGAUGACCAAUCCAAGGUAGAGGAUCCGGGUGGAGAUCGCCAAAAAACCAGAAACGACAAACUUUAGGGUCGACAGAACAAUGGAUGACGUCAGUUUGGCGGUGCAGACUCUGAUCCGGUCGUUUCAUGUGUGAUGUGGUCGACUGAGCGAUGACCAACUCGUCAGUCCCGUUUCCUAUUAUGUCAUCGCCGCAGUUUUUACUCAGAGUGGUUUUACUUUUAAGAAGGAUUGACCAAUCAGAGAUCAGCCGGUUGUGGUGUAGAGUCUGUGGUGUCCACAUCUUCCCGUCUUCAGUCAGUGAACAAGCGUUUAAAAAGUCGUUCCUCUCCUCUUCCUCUUUAGAGACCUUCAUCUUCAUGUUGUUACCCCUCAAACUUAACGCAAGAACAUCACAAGAAAUCCGAGUUUAUGCAACUUCUUAAACCCACCUGAAACAGACGAACAGGUGCAAGAACAAUCACUGCUCGAGUUGGACUGUAAACUUUGCCGAAGUCUUGAGCCCAAUAGUCUUUUUUCAGACAGGUUGCAUUUGUUAAAUUUGAUUCUAGCUCGUCCUUACCGUAAUAUCUGUAAUAUAAGUCUCAGUGGUAUUAAGCGUAAGUCCCAUGGUGUUCGGCAAAGUCAUGCUAAAUUGAGGAGAGUUGCACUGCGUUCCAGUUACCUCCGAAGUCAGAUGUCGUAGCUGAAAAUGACGUUACACCCGAGUUCCCAGCAUUUCAGUUACCAAGUCGGAAAAAAGCAAAAUCAGAGGCCUGAAACAAGACUGAAUUUACAAAAGUAAUUUUAACACUUGCCGUAUAUUCGAACAAGGCAAGCGCUAAAAUAACUUGCGUAGAUGUAGCCAUCUUGUUUCCGUCUCUGAUUUUGCUUUUUUCCACGAUUCGGUCACUGAAACUUAAUUUAGGUGUGACGUCAUUUUCAGCUCAGACUUCUGAAGUAACGCGAAUGUAACAUUACACAGCGUUCCAGUUAACAAGUCGGAAAACCAGGAUGGACGCCUACAGUUAGCCGUUAUCAGCUGUUGUUAGCUAUACCAGUCGAAACUAGCAUAACACAGUAUUCUACUCUUACAAACACCAUAGCGCCGUGUUCACAGUUAGACGUUUGGCAGAACAACAUAGACCACUUAUUUAAUUUCACAAAAACAAAACAGAAGCGCUAAUAAAUAAAACAUUAUGAGAACUUUUUUUUAGCUUUCUUGUAUUAUGAUGUUGAUGUCAAGUCGCGGUUGGUGAGGAUUGUCCGAUUUUCCGAGUCAGAAUCCAACUUCAGGGGGGGUGUUCCAGAUGAAUUUCCAACUCGGGGCUUAGAAAUUCCGACGUUCAAGUACAACUUAAGUCUCAGUGGUAUUAAGCAGAAGUUCUGUAGUGUUUGGCAAAGACGUAUUGUUGAGGAAACUGAGGAGACAAAAAAGAAAGAUGCGCUGUUUUUACUUGAUACACAUUUCUUUAAAUGCACUGUUAAAAGUUUGAGAAAUGGCGCCCCCUCUUCAGCUUCUGUCCCGCCGUGAAGCUGAUGUGUUUUGUGCAGCGAGCAGCUUCUUCCUGAUACACUGAAUGGGAAUUUCCAAUGUCAGUGAGUGAGGGUGGCAGUCAUGACUGUGCAUGUCCAUGACUGAGCUUUGGCGAGAUCGUAGCGCCAUCUCUGGGGUGAACACCAGAACAGAACAGGAAUACUUCUCAGUGUUUGUAGGACGGUUUGUUUUCUACCUUUUUAAAACCUCGACUUCUUCUCUUUUCUUUCCAGAUGUGACAAGCCCAGAAGAUGAGAGAGGCGGCCGCACCAGAUCUACAAGAUGAAGGAAUAUUCUAGAGAUAUUUCACAGCACAGCACUUUGACCUUUUGAACCGUAAGCUCUUCUUUCUGGAAAGCAUUCCCCUUGGACUGACUGAGAGAGAACGAAGAGAAAGACUGCAGUUCCUCCCACUGUAUAUCUGUGUGUAUAUAGACCAUAAUAAAAGACAAAAAACAGAGAGUACAGAAUUGUUAUGCUGCUACAGAAACAUAUAACUAAACCCUUCAUUUUGACAAAGAGCAAAUAGCCGCCAUGUGGUUUUGCAUUUCUAACAGGCUUGCAAUGCAGGUGUAUAGUCUUGUUGUCGAUUCAUUGAAUGCAAUUACUUCACUGGAUAUGAGUCUACUGUGGUUGUGUGUCAAUCAUAAAAUUGCAAAACCUCUCAAUCUAAGAUAUAUUUAACUGCUAAAACAGCGGGUGAGGCCGACGAGGACACGGGAACACUCUCAUUUCAAAAGAGACAGAGGAUGGAUUCUAUGUCGGUUGUUGUCUACGUUGGCUUUUUUUUUUUUUUUUUUUUCGGAAUAUACAAAAACAAAAAAAAAGCGAGACUUUUGCAAAGAGCAGCUGAUGGAAAAAUCCGUCUGGACACGAUGUCGCCGCCUCCUUUUUCCCCGUGAGGACAUUGCAGGACGUCUACGAUGUGUGAGCAGCUUGCAGGAGAAGAGAGACUCCAGAGUGCCAUAUAUAUAUAUAUCUAUAUUUUAAAAGGGAUACCGGUUAUCAAUAUAUAGCAUCUGAUGUUAUGCUAUGUCCUACAUGAAAACCACUGAAAACAUCCUAUACUGUAGUGUGAUUCCAUUUUGAGAAACUGUGCCUCACGAAAUGUACUGAGAAAUCUGUCGAGUGCUUUUUAAAUUAUUUUGUUGUUUUAUUUUCAGGAGGGGGGGGGUUGUUGUCGGCGUAGUUUUCGAAGCUCAAUACAGAAUCCACUGAUGACGUCUUUUCUUCUCUGAACUUGUACAUACUUAAUAAUAAUAACCCUUAAUCCCAUAGUCCAUGAUAGAUAAUUUAUAAUGUGUUAGCGUUUCUUUUUUUUUUUCAGUAUUCAGUCUUUACCCAUAUUUAAUUUGGUUUUAUUUAUAUAUAUAUAUAUAUAUGCAGUGUUAUGUACAUGUAGCUGUCCUCCCCUCCACGUUUAGGGUCACUCAGCAUGGACCCUCACCAUGCUUUUCUACGAAACAACCAGUAAAAAGAAUCAAAACUGAUUUGUUAACAUUCCCUCGAUGGAUCAUUUUCAUGCCCUCCAUGUCUAAGAGUUUGUGUGGGUACUGUGUAGAGAUGUCUCUGUGUGUGCGAGUGCGUCUUGUCGUCUGUGUCCAUGUUAGUAACUUGUAUUUAAGUAUUUAAGUUAGUCGCAGGCAUGUGUGCGAAUGGCAAACUACUGCUAGCAGCUCAGCGUAAAGUACCGCCACGAAUCUAAACCCCCGGAUAACGACGCCAUCCUCCGCCAUCAGUCUCCGAGCCCUCUCCUCAUUAGUUCUCUUUGUCUCUUCUUCAAUAUUAACAUGUCUUCUGUGUCUAUGUAAAACAGUAAAAGCAUAUUUAUUUUCAAAUUAUAUUGUUUUUAUAUAAAAUAAGGAAAAGGUUGCUGUGUUUGUGAAUGCUGUGAUUUUAUGAAGCGGAGUGAGAUUUUCCCGUGUUUUUUGCUCGCACGUCCCUGCAGACUGGAGGACGUCAGGAGCUCCUGCAGUGACAGACGAGACAGAUUCUCAGCCUCAUGAAUAAAAAAUGGCACUUUGAAGCAAUGUGCGAAAACUUUGUCUGUUAAAUGGACCGCAGACGGGAGCGAAGAAACCCCGGAGUUAAGGUCCUUUCACACCGGGACCGUUUUUGUCGUGCGAUUAUUUCAGACGUCAAUAUUUUAGCCGUAUCCUGUCAAUACAAGCGUUCACAUCAGCGACGUUUUCGGCAUUUAUUUUUCGGAUACUGUGUGUAUGAUUUCGUGUUGUUGCGACGUCAGAUUCACCGGUAUAUCCAACAUGGCCGACCAGCUGAUUGUUUACGCGUUGGAGAACAGAGUGAUUUUUGAUAAAAGACUGAAAAUAUUACAAAAAUAACGACCUGAAGGACAACUUGUGGCGAGUCAUAGCGUCGGAUUUCUCAUAUGCGGAUGGUUUGUGUGCUUUAACAGUUUGCUAAACGUCUUUGUUUUAACUUUCAUCCGUGCUAACAUAAGCUAAUGAUUGUUACCAUAGUUGAAGUAGACUCUAUUUUUCGUAGACUCCUUCUUCGCCUCUGAUUGGCUAUAAGUGCUGAUUGUUUGGCUUGAGCGUGUGAUGACAUUUUCAGAUUUUCUAGCCAAUCAGAGGUGAAGGAGGCGGGACUUUCCCUGGGAAAAGUCUUCCAUGAGUUGCGUCUUUUUCCCCCCGGAAAGUCGCAAAAUCGCAUCGGGCUUGAUUGCGUCAAAAUCCGCCUCUGAAAAUUUCAUAAUUUUGCGUUCUAUAUUUGCGUCGGCCCUGGUGUGUAAUGACCUUUAGCCAGAAAUUAAGUAGUGAAGUAAAAAGUUGAACGUCUGCAGAAAGGGGAAGCGGCUGAAUGAGGAGUUUGAUGGAGCUGUUCGUGGUUAAAAUUAACGCCUGUUUGUGCAGAUGACGAGUGUUUAGAGUCUUUGGUGUUUUGGUUUUAUGGGCUGUUAAUCGUCUGAAUCAUCUUUGGGUGAAAAAAAUCAAAGAAGCAGAAAAAACGUUUCCAGUUUCUGCUGAAACUGAAGCGCAGAGAGAAGAGGAAACCCUGAGCUGAACAUCUGUUAUCUGGGUUUCCGUUAGCGUUAGCCCCCCGAGCGGCUAAAAAACUGAUCUGUGCAGAUGGUAUUAUUGUUCUUUAACUUCCUGAAAACACAAUUGAUGAAUCAUUUCAGUCAAAGGCAGAAAUGAAGAAGCAGAUUUCCCCCAUCGGAUCAUGUUCAAAGCAGUUAUCCUCGUGUUAACUUCAGAGAUAGUCGGGUUUUCGUUCUGGCUUGGCACGGUUGAGGAUGGGUGGGAGCGUCUUUGCCCAUAAUUGCCUAAAACAUCCUUCUUUGAACACUGGAUGCUUAUUAACUUUCAGCUAAAAUAAACAAACGCAACUUAAGCCCGUCAUUCAGUCGGAGUGAAACUCUGUCAGGCUCCAGCAGAAAAUACACUUUCAAAGCAAAACGCUUCAAUCUGACGCCGCUAGCAAAAAAAAAAAACGAAGCGGCGUGUGCCAGUGUGAGAUUUCCAGUCUGCCACUUAGAUUCGUGGUCGUUUUGAAGCUCGAGGUUAACUCUGCACACGUCCAAACCUGGUCUGCGUGGUUUUACUUACCUGGGGAAAAAACUCAGUGUGAUUCCUCGAAGGUAAAAUCCUGAUUCGUUCUUUUGCAGAAACUUUUCAAAGCAGGAAAAAAAACCGACCUGGAUGGAGUUUCUUUGUCUCCAGCUUUAGUACCAGUGUAGAAUUAGUGACUCGCUCUGCGUCGGGCUAAUCUGGAGACCCUGGACCACAUCUAACCCUUAUGAAUGUAGAUUAAGUGGAGGUUUGGUGCAAUGUUUGUUUUGAAACUCGCUCCCCCUCGUCUUUUUUUUCCUCGCUGCUUCCUGACAGAUUAGCUCCUAAUUCCCCUCCGCUCUCCCUUACUCAUGCUCUCUUUGUGCAUACCUAAAUAGAAAGCCCACUAUGGUCUUAUAAUCCUUGUAAAUUGCGGAGGCCCCCUUUACGCGGUAAAACAUCCCCAAGAAUGUUAUAAACCGUCUAAGCCGUGAUUUAGCAGGAGCUCCACGACUCCGUUCGCGAGCUAGCCGCCUGCGUUCGCUAAACUCGGCAUCAGAGUUUAGUCCACAUGAGCUUUAUUAUUUAUGACUGUGAUACCACCAAAGAAGAAUAAGUCUGUGUUUAUUCGGGGGGAGAGACUUUUAGACGAACACGGUCUAAUUUUAAAGACCAAAGGUUGAAGGAAAUCCAUCAUUAGUCCACUUUGUUUGAAGAAACCAUGAAAUUAAUUCAGUCUUGAAAGGGGGACGUGGUCCUCGGGGUCUCCUUGUUGUUGUUUCAGUAAAGUAUAAACACAUAAAGUCGGUGUUAUUAUGGGAAACGAAGCAGAACAUUAAUCCUUACAGUAAAAUCCUACAGAAGUGUCUUAUCUCACUUAGUUUCCUGUUAAAACCUGAUUAUGUUCCUGCAGCGAUUUUUACUCCUGACUGAUGAUGACGUCUUUUAUUCCCCCACACCACCCAAACUUUAAACACCAGGAUAGCGAUGCAGGCGAUAAAAACAUCAUUAGCCUCAUCUGAGUGAUUUACGAGCGGCUGUUUGACGCACAAUUUGCAGUCGUGUUUGUUUUGGCAGAGCUACACUGACAGGUUUGGUAAAAACGUUCUGCAGCUGCCAAUCCUGAGAUUUCGUAUCAGAGCUCCUCCAGGAACAGCUGCUAAUGAGAUCAAUGCUUUAUUUGGACCGUUGUGACUUCUCAUUAUGCGGGGAUCAAUCAUUAUGCAAUCGGAAUGACUGCUGUGAUUUAUGAUUGGCCUGAUUUUCGCAUUUAUUUGACUUUAUUAGGCUAAUUUUCUGUCUGAUCUGGUGUUGCACUCCUCCAAAUCUACCUGACCUAUUUUCUCCCAAUGCCCCAAAUUCUUUGCCAAUUUUUGCUCUCAGUCUUAUCUCUCUCUCUCUUUUUUUUAUUAAGUUCAGACCCUCGUUAGAAAUGUUUGAGUAACUUUAAAAGGUUUGUUUGACCCAAAAUGCAGAAUUAAGGAUUUAUUUAAAGGAAAGUCCAACAAAAACUUGACAGAUGUAUAAUGAACCAACCAGGACAGAGGGGACGAGCAACAGGUGAGGCAGACGAGACACAGGUGAGACUCGUUAGUGAUUAACGAGGAGGGGAAACUGAGGGAGUGAAACCGGACUAAGACCCCGUUUAUAUGUACCGAGUGAUUUUUAAAAACUUAGACAUUGACCAUCGUUUGCAACCUUCGUUUAGACGCAAACAGAGAAUUCGCCCCUGAAUAUGACGCUUUUUAAAAACUCCGGCCAGAGUGAAGAUUUUGGAAAACUCCGUUCGCACGUAAACAGAGAAAACAGGGAUUUGAGUAGCCGACAGCAGAUUGUGCGUCAGAAAGAAGGAAGGUAUAUUGUGGUUGUUGCUGCUAUGUGGGAUUCUGAUUGGCUGAUGUGGGCUCGUUACACUGCCACCUACAGGUUCUUGAAAGCAUAUGUACACGGGUUAGAGUAAACGAAAACUUUUCUGAAAACGUAGAGGUGUGCACAGUCUUCAGAGAGGGUGAAAUGUCCGUUUAUGAAAACAGCACAAAAGGGGCAUGUGUAAACGUAGUUUA